CUUCUGCCUUCUGCCUUGUCUGUUCACUCUUCUCCAUUUAACAUUUCUUCAAUUCUUCAAGUUCCAUCUCCGAUUCCCAAAAUCCAUCUGCUUCUCCCUAUUGUUCGGAUCAUCUUCUUCGAUCCCAUAUUCUUCUUCUUCUUCUAGGCCUCUGUGCCUGACAGUCACAGCCUCACUCACCCACUGACCCAGGUUAAAUUCAGUGGCAAUCAUGCCAGACGUGCAUUCCCUGGUGAAUGAUUUCCUUAUCAAGCUUAAAAAACGUAAUAUUGAGGGCUCACAAGCCACGGCAAAGCUGACGGCGGAAUUACUUCGGUCUGUGAUUUCAUCACAGCGGGUACCCUACACAAAUCAAGCUGGUGCCUUGAUAGAUGCUGUUAAAGCUGUUGGGGAGCAGCUGAUUGCUGCAAAUCCUAUUGAGCUGGCUGUGGGUAAUAUUGUGAGGCGUGUUCUGCACAUUAUUAGGGAGGAGGAUCUUUCUCUCACUACAGCUGCUAUGGCUGGGUUGAACAUGUCGACUGUUAGUGAUGAUGAAGAUGAUGAUGAGCGCGACAACCAUCCGGUUCUAUCUGCUGCUGUUGUUGCUGCUGCUGCUGCAAGAAGCACACUGCGUCCACCAUCUUUGCAAACGCUUCUUGAGGACAUGCCUGAUGCAGCAGCUGUUCCUCACACUUCUUCAUCUGGGGGUGAUUCUGAAGAAAAAACCAAAUCUGCUGAUAAAAGUUCAAGAAGUCGGAAACUGAAGCAUGAUGUCAUUGAAGCAGUCAAUGAACUUAUACAAGAUAUUGGCACUUGCCAUGAGCAGAUUGCCGAGCAGGCAGUUGAGCACAUUCACCAGAAUGAGGUUAUAUUAACUUUAGGCAGUUCAAAAACAGUACUGGAAUUUCUUUGUGCUGCAAAUGAGAAAAAAAGAUCAUUUCGGGUAUUUGUUGCAGAGGGAGCUCCAAGGUAUCAGGGCCAUCUUCUAGCUAAAGAAUUGGUUGCAAGAGGUUUGCAAACCACUCUGAUCACUGAUUCAGCAGUUUUUGCCAUGAUAUCCAGAGUGAACAUGGUUAUAGUUGGCGCUCAUGCUGUCAUGGCCAAUGGUGGUGUUAUAGCACCUGUUGGGUUGAAUAUGGUUGCACUUGCAGCGCAAAGGCAUGCCGUCCCUUUUGUUGUACUUGCCGGCAGUCAUAAGUUGUGCCCUUUGUAUCCUCACAAUCCUGAAGUGUUGCUGAAUGAGUUAAGAUCCCCUUCUGAGCUGCUGGAUUUUGGAGAAUUCUCCGAUUGCAUGGAUUUUGGAAGUGGCACUGCUUCCCCGCUCCUUCAUGUUGUCAAUCCUACAUUUGAUUAUGUGCCACCAAAGCUUGUCAGUUUAUUUAUCACUGAUACAGGAGGGCAUAAUCCAUCAUACAUGUACCGGCUCAUCGCAGAUUAUUAUUCUGCUGAUGAUUUAGUGGUCCAACGAAGACCUGCUAUAGGAAGUUGAAUUCAGCUCCCGCAUGUUUAUCCUAUUAUUGGGUUUUCUCUUGAUCCCAGGAUUUAAGGUGGCUUUGGUGCAUUGAAUCUUCUUAACUAUACAGUUGGUGUGCUUCAAGAACUCUUUAGUACUGUUGUCCAUGUAAUUAUUGUAAUCCUGAUCAGUAGUUUGAACCAACAUUUUAGCUGUACUCAACUUUCAGGUAGUACAGAAAGCUAUAAUGAUAAUGGAUGGAUGAAGAGAAAAUCAAAAUAAACAGUAGUUUUAUGGAACCAUGAAGACCGUUAUCGUGCUGGAAGAGUCCUUGGACAAAAAUUGCAGUCCGGGGGAGUAGCAGUACGAAUCCGGGACAGAACCAUCCACAAAGAUUAGAGCCAAUUUUGUGUAUGUGGCCAUUUAGGAAACUUAGAGCUGUAUUCUACAUAAGUGAAUAGAAGGUGAUUUUUGUGAUUGUGGAAGGACAAAUAGGAAGGCAUUGUAUUGCAUGACACGAUAUUGUUGUGUUCCAUGUAGCUGACCUUGUUCCAAAUUGUUUCUGCCGUACCUGCUUUUGGUUAAUAGAUGAGCUGAACUUUAUUAGAGUUGUA